CAGGAAAUUGUAGAGGACACACGAGGGCAGGGGAAGGAGGAGGAGAGAGGGGGAAAGAGAAAAGGAGGGGAGAGAAUAGAAGGAGGGGAGGAAGGUAGGGAAAGGAAGGAAAGGAAAAGGAGGAGGAGAAAGGGAGACCAGGGAGAGAGAAGAGAGAGAAAGGAGAGGAGGCGUGCAGGGGGAAGGGGGUGGGGUGGGAGGCCAGAGGCGGCAGCAGGAGGAGGAUUCGCGUCCCUUCAUCGGUCCUUCUGAGUGAGGAAACUGCUGCGCUUCUCCUCCAGUCCCAGUGGGUAGUGGAUGGGGAGAUGCAGCUCCUGGCUUUGGCCCUGGCGUUCCUGGCGGCUCGGGCUCCAGUCCCGGAUAUUUGUGAAGCCCUCAAUGUAACAGUCUCACCAGGACCAGUUGUUCAAUAUUUGGAGGGAGAAAAUGCAACUCUUUUUUGUCAUGUUUCCCAAAAAAGAAGGAAGGAUAAUUUACUGGCUAUUCGUUGGCUCUUUGCACUAUCUCCAUUGCAGGAGACACCAAUGAUCAAAAUGACAAAAUUGAGGAUGGUACAGUAUUAUGGAAAUUAUAGCCGAAGUUUCAACCGUCAGAGACUUCGCCUCCUAGAAGAAAGGCACGGGAGACUGUAUAGCCUCUCUGUUUUAAACCUUCAACCAGAAGAUCAAGGGAGGUAUAUAUGCAAAGUCCAAGAAAUUGGCAAGCACAAGAGUAAGUGGACUGCAUGGUCGAAUGGUACGGCAGCUACGGAAAUCAGAGUGAUUUCUCCCAAAGCAUCAGAUGAUCCCACUUUUGAGAAAAAGAAAGAAACCUGGGCAUUUUUUGAAGAUCUCUACAUGUAUGCUGUCCUUGUGUGCUGCAUCGGGAUUCUCAGUGUCCUCCUGUUUACGCUGAUUAUUCUCUGCCAGUCUCUGAUUAACAAGAGGAAAUCGAGAGGUAAUGGAAUGAAACAUUAUUUGGUGAAAUGCCCCCAGAACAGCUCAGGGGAGACAGUUACCAGUGUGACAAGCUUGUCUCCUCUCCAACCAAAAAAAGCCAAGAAGAGGAAAGAGAAGCCUGAUGUCCCUCCUGCUGUUCCUGCCAAAGCUCCAAUAGCUAAUGCUUUCCAUAAACCAAAGUUGCUGAAACCACAAAGAAAAGUUAUCUUGCCAAGAAUCACGGAGGAAAACUUAACAUAUGCCGAGCUGGAGCUGAUCAAACCUCACCAGGCAUCCAAAGGCCUUCCCACAAGCACCGUCUAUGCCCAGAUCCUCUUUGAGGAGAACAAGCUGUAAACCUGCCUCCCAGCAUCUGCCCUCCAGAGCUUUUCUAAACAUCCUAUUUAAUACUCAUCAGGCUCAUUAUUUAUGAAACCUCAGAAACUAAGCCCUUAUUUUUGUACUUUUUACUUUAAUACUUGGGUGUUGUUGUGGGGUCUUUCCCCCCAAAACAUCCCCAAUGUUUAAAGGAGGCACAGAAUGGGCUUCUGACAAAGAACCAGGAGCCCCAACCCUCAAGUUCUUCUCUAAGGGCACCUAUGACAGAUUGGUCAAUUUAAUUUUCUUCUUUUCUGGACCAGGACCCUAUUUGACCUACUUCUCAAAUUCUGGGAGCAACAGAGAAGAUUCUUCUGCUGAGCCAGUCCCCCUGAAGUCUUCCUUUAUCGCAAGCCUUUGUUAUAAACCUAGAGAAUGUAUUUUUUACUCUACUCUUCCUGUAACAAUGAUAUCAAAUCUGUAACAUAUAAGUAGAGGAAAUGCCAUUAUAGAGCAAAGUGUAUGAUGGUAGCUAUGUCAUAAGUGGUCUUCAAAGGACCAGAAUCACAUGGAUAGAGGACCUGGAAGCUCAAAAUCCAUUUUGUAAGAAUAUUUUUGUUUUAACUGCUUACUAAUAUCCCUGAUUACAAGACCCCUAAGAGUCUAGUGGAGUAGAUGUCUGGGCUCAGGGUGGGGUAGACUUCAUUCCCAAACUAACUGUGAACUCUGGCUUCCUUGGUGCUCCCAUUUUUCUACAUGAAAAAAUGGAGAUGAAGCAGCAGGUUUUGUAGGGAGAAGACCUUGGAAUCAGGAAGAUCUGAGUUCAAGUCCUCCCUCAGAUAUAUAUAUAUGUAGUAUAUGUAUCUGUAUGAUAUAGGGCAAAUCACUUUAACUUCUGAAUGCCCCAGGCAACUUUCAAAGGCUGUAAAUUACUAGAGAGUUGUUCAUCUGUGUUAGUGGAAAGAAUUUUCAUACCUGAAGAUCUCUACAUUGAUGGAAUCAUAGCUUUUGUUACUCCCCACCCCAAUCCUAAUUCCCCAUGUUAUGAGGUCAAGUGAAUUUAGGUCGAGAGAGGGCUUAGAACCCACUGGCUGAGAUCAUCUAAGUAUAUGGUAUGAGUAUUUGUGGUUAAACAUUAGCUAUGCCCCAUGAUAUGUCAACACUUCUGUUUUUUUAUUGACACUUUGGGAUCUGCUUCCCUUUUCAGCCAUGGUGCACAACCAACAUUGAUUGGGGAUGUAACUGAAAUACUGUAAUGUGUAAAGUUCCUCUGACCAUCUCCCUUAAUCAGAAGGGCAAGAUGUCCAAACCCCCCUAGCCAAGCUGUCUUAAAGAUCUACUUUAUGGAAAGUGUUUUUUGAUCUGACACUGACAUUCCUCUGCACAGAAAGAGGAAAGAACAUGGACCUGUGACUCGCCAGUCAGAUCACAGAUUUUCAGAGGAGAAGGAUCCCUGUGCAUAAACUGAAUUCCUAAUGUGACCUUUUCCUGAUGUGUUUGUUUGUUGUUCAGGAUCACUGAAUGAAUGUCAUGCAAGUUUUGGGGUUGGGGUUACAUCACAAAACAUGUAUAUAAUGUAAAUAAUAUAUUUUAAAUGGUCCUCUCUGGGUUCUUGUCCUGACUCUUUCACUCAUUAGUCGAGCAACCUGGGAAAGGAAAAUGGUCAUAUUCCUUGACCUAUCCACUACAGAAAGUCCUUGUGAGAAUCGAGCGAAAAUUAAAAAAAUGAAAUUUGAAGGCACAGAAAAUGUUUAGUCUGAAAAAAAAAAAGACUCAGGGGUUGCGGGAUAACUAUCUUCAAAUAUUUGAAGGGCUGCCCCCAUGAAGGCAGCAUUUGAUUUGUUUUGUUUGGCCCAAAAGGGCGGAACUAGAGGCCAUGGGUCGAAGAUACACAUAACAAUUUUUGAAAAUAGAAAGAAAACAAACUUUUUGAUAACUAAGGCUAUCUGAACAUGGGUUGACUCUGAAUCUGGUGAGUUCCUUUUCCCAUAUUAAAGAUUGGAUGAUAAUUGGUGAAUUAUACAUACAUACAUACAUACAUGCAUACAUACAUAUGUAUACAUGCAUGUAAGUGUAAUUAUAUAUAAUGGAGAUAAUAUGCACUAUUAUGCACUGGUUCAGCAAGAUGACCUAAGUUCUUUUGGAUGCUCUAAUUCUGAGAUUUUAUGAAGAGAAGAUGCUCUGAUUUUCAUCUCUCAUCCCCAUACUUGGAUAAAAGUAUGUGUUCAAUAAAAAUGACCCCACAUUGUGUGUUUA